CCAGCUCUAUGGUGAGCCCUCCCCACCUGCUUUUUACCUCAGGAGGAAGAAAAACAAAAAAGUUUCAACGUUCAUCCGGGUUCCCUGCCGGCUCUCUGCACUUUUCCCUCAGGACCGUUCCUCUCUCUACCCGCAACCCCUGCGGCGGAGUCAGAACCUGCCCUCGGCCGGAACUGUAGGUCGAGCCUCGGCGCCGCCCCUCGGACCUAGCUGGGAGUCGCACCACAGGAGCGGAAGUGGAGGGAGGAGCUUCCUGUUUCCCCCGCUGUUUUCUUCCUCUUCGGGAAGGCCCUGCCGUUGCUUGUGGCGGGCCCGAGUGACGCCGCCAUGGCCGGCACUAUGGACUUCAAAACGUAUGUUGAUCAAGCUUGCAGAGCUGCUGAAGAGUUUGCAAAUAUUUAUUAUGAAACGAUGGAUAAAAGGCGGCGGGUGUUGACCAGGCUCUACCUGGACAAAGCAACAUUAGUCUGGAAUGGGAAUGCCGUCUCUGGGCAAGAAGCUUUGGCUGAAUUUUUUGAAACGCUGCCUUCCAGUGAGUUCCAGGUGACCUUGUUUGACUGCCAGCCUGUUCAUGAGCAAGCAACUCUGAACCAUGCCACCAUCCUUGUCGUGACGUGCGGGACCGUGAAGUUUGACGGCAGCAAGCUGCGCUUCUUCAACCAGAACUUCUUGCUAACUGCGCAGACCACAAACAGCAAUACAGUGUGGAAGAUUGCGAGCGACUGCUUCCGCUUUCAGGACUGGCAGAGUUAGGGGGUGUACGAAGCGGGCACUUUGGACAGCGGACUCCGUUUUUGGAAUGGUCAAAGACUGGCUAUGGGACGUUUUUCCUCCCCCUUCUGCCCCCUUUGCUCUUUUGGAAGUUGUCAGGAAUUUUGUGACAGAAUAAAACAAUGUUACUUUAAA